AUGUAUGUGUUAGAAGCAGACACAAAGGUGGCUAAAUUAAUUGAUAAUGAGAGAAAGGAAUGGAAGGUGGAACUCAUUGCUAGGAUCUUUAGUAAGGUUGAGAAAAGUGAGAGGAAAUGGAGUACAUCUAUCGAGAGAAAGGAUGCAGACCAGUGGAAGAAUGUCUGGGCUUUGGAAGUGCCGGGAGGCUAUAAGCACUUUGUUUGGAAUGUUUUAAAUAAUGCCUUUCAUACGAGGUCUAAUUUGUUCAAAAGAAAGGUUUCUGAGGACUCUUGGUGUCCUAUCUGUAGAAGGGAGGAAGAGGAUGUGCAAUAUGCCCUAUGGUGCUGCCCUGGGGUUGCUAAUGUUUGGUCUGAUGAUGGGGGUCCCGUGAAGAAGUGGUUGAACCAGAUCAUUGAUUUCUCUAACCUGUGGAUGGAAUUGAGUAAUAGGCUCUCACCUAGAUGCUUGGCAAGAAUUGUUGCUAUUAUGAGGGGCAUUUGGAGGAGGAGGAAUGCCUUUGUGUUUGAAGAUAAGUUUACUAGUCCUAAUGAUUUGAUAAAUAUGAGGAUUGGUAUAGGCAUUUUGGUUAGAGAUUGUCAUGGUAAUGUUUUAGUUGUUGUUUGUUUGAGGAAGGAUGAUGUGGUCUCUCCUUUUAUUGCUGAAUGUCUUGCAUUGAAGAUAUCUAUUGAGUUUUGCUUAGAGAUGGGAUUCUGGUCUAUCAUGAUGGAAGGGGAUGCAAAGGGGAUGAUUGAGGCAGUGCUCUCGGAGGAGUUGGAUGAAUCUGUACAUGGUCAGUUGAUCGAUGAUACAAAUAGGCUACUAGACAAGGACUACAUUGGUCUUUGGGUUUUAUACAUAGGAAAGGAAAUAUAG